GCGAGGGAUUUUCGUGGAAGUCGUGGCCUGCCGGGAUGAGUUUUCUGCUGCCCAAACUGAGCUGUAAGAGGGAAGUGGAUCAGGCAAUAAAAAGCGUGGCCGAGAAAGUUUUGGUUCUCCGGUUUGGCAUAGAUAACGAUGCAGUUUGUCUACAGCUCGAUGAUAUACUUGCAAAGACAGCUCAUGACCUCAGUAAAAUGGCAGUCAUUUACCUGGUGGAUGUGAACAAGGUUCCAGUGUACACCCAGUAUUUUGACAUCAGUUAUAUUCCAUCUACUGUGUUUUUCUUCAACGGACAACACAUGAAGGUUGAUUAUGGGUCUCCAGAUCAUACCAAAUUUGUAGGAAGCUUCAAAACAAAGCAAGACUUCAUAGAUCUCAUUGAAGUGAUUUACCGUGGAGCCAUGCGUGGAAAGCUCAUUGUGAGAAGUCCUAUUGAUCCAAAUAACAUUCCUAAAUAUGAUCUUCUCUACCAAGGAAUUUAAUGGGUUGACCUGAGAGAAAGAAUUACAGAAAUGGCUGAUGUUCUAGAUCUCUUUUAUUUCUUCAAGCAUUUUUAGCCACCAAUGACACUGUGGGACAAUUUGAGCGUUUGUGUUGAAGGAUCAUACUGGUCUCCUUCUAAAGACAGACAUUCUGUCACCUCAUACUUCUCAUAGAUAAAGCUAUGUGUUCAUGGGUAGAAUGCACAC